UCCGCUUCCCCGCGCUGCUUAAAACCCAGAGGACGGCGUGCUCGCCGUACUCUCCCGCCAUGCCCUGCUGAUACGUGGCGUGUCAAGUUUUUAUACGCGAUGAUUUCCCUCCACACCUCCCCGUUCACCCUCCUGAUAAAGCUCGAGCCCGGCCGGAGGCGGCUCGCGCUGCCGCAGUAUGCCGUGCUCCGCCGGCCGGCGCCGAGGAGCGUCCGCGCGGCGGCGGUGGCCGAGUCCGUCGACGCCCAGCUCCGGCAGUUCGCGCGGGGCGGGGCGACGGAGGACGACGACCGGCUGCAGAACUACGAGACCCUCCUCGUCACCCGGUUCCUCGACAUCAUCCAGGACCUGCACGGCAGCAACUUCAGACGAGUGGUCGAGGAGUGCCUGAGGGUGUCCGCCGAGUACCAGCGCGACUUGGGCGACCGGGCGGCGAAGCUUGGCGAGCUGGGGGCGCUGUUCACGAGCCUGGACGUGGGCGACGCCAUCAUGGUGUCCAGCUCCCUGUCGCACAUGCUCAACCUGGCCAACCUCGCGGAGGAGAUCCAGAUGGUGUACCAGAAGAAGAUGGAGACGAGCCGGCGCGGCGGCUUCGCCGACGAGGCCCUGGCGCCCACCGAGUCAGACAUCGACGAGACCUUCCAGCGGAUAGUGGGCGGGCUGGGCAAGACGCCCCAGGAGGUGUUCGACGCGCUCAGGUCCCAGACCAUCGACCUCGUCUUCACCGCGCACCCCACCCAGUCCAUCCGGCGCUCGCUCCUCGAGAAGCACGCCAGCAUCCGGACGUGCCUGACGCAGCUGUGCGUGGAGGGCGUCUCAGACAACGAGAAACAGGAGAUCGACGAGGCGCUUCAGAGGGAGAUCCUGGCGGCGUUCCGGACGGACGAGAUUCGGCGGACGCCGCCGACGCCGCAGGACGAGAUGCGGGCGGGGAUGAGCUACUUCCACGACACCAUCUGGAACGGCGUGCCCAAGUUCCUCCGACGCGUCGACACGGCGCUCAAGAACAUCGGCAUCGACGAGCGCCUCCCCUACGACGUCCCACUCAUCCAGUUCUCCUCCUGGAUGGGCGGCGACCGCGACGGCAACCCCAGGGUCACCCCCGAGGUCACCCGGGACGUCUGCCUGCUCGCCAGGAUGAUGGCCGCCAACAUGUACUUCUCCAAGAUGGGCAGCCUCAUGUUCGAGCUUUCUAUGUGGCGCUGCAACGACGAGCUCCGGGCUCGCGCCGACGAGCUGCACCGGCUGUCCUCCCGGAAGUACGCCAAAUACUACAUCGAGUUUUGGAAGCAGAUCUCUCCGCGUGAGCCCUACCGCAUCAUACUCGGCGAUGUGAGGGACAAGCUGUACAACACCUGCGAGCGCGCUCGAGAGAUCCUGUCCAAUGGAGAAUCGAGCAUCCCAGAAGAAGAUACCUACACGAGGGUCGAGGAGUUCUUGGAGCCUCUGGAGCUGUGCUACCGAUCGCUGUGCGACUGCGGGGACAAGCUGAUAGCCGACGGCAGCCUGCUGGACUUCAUGCGCCAGGUCUCCACCUUCGGCCUCUGCCUCCUCAAGCUGGACAUCCGGCAGGAGUCGGACCGCCACAUUGACGCCGUCGACGCCAUCACCACGCACCUCGGCAUCGGCUCCUACCGGGACUGGCCCGAGGAGCAGCGCCAGGAGUGGCUCGUCAACGAGCUCCGUGGCAACCGCCCGCUCUUCGGCCCCGACCUGCCACAGUCCGACGAGGUCGCCGACGUGCUCGGCACGUUCCGAGUCAUCUCCGAGCUCCCCGCCGACAGCUUCGGGGCCUACGUCAUCUCCAUGGCCACCGCGCCGUCCGACGUGCUCGCCGUCGAGCUGCUGCAACGUGAGUGCGGCGUCAAGAAGCCCAUGCGAGUCGUGCCGCUGUUCGAGAAGCUCGCGGACCUUCAGCAGGCGCGCGCCACCAUGGAGCUCCUCUUCUCCAUCGACUGGUACAAGGAGAGGAUCAACGGCAAGCAGGAGAUCAUGAUCGGGUACUCGGACUCGGGCAAGGACGCCGGCCGGCUGUCGGCGGCGUGGUAUCUCUACAAGGCCCAGGAGGAGAUCGUGGACGUGGCCGAGCAGCACGGCGUGAAGCUCACCAUCUUCCACGGCCGGGGCGGCACCGUGGGGCGCGGCGGGGGGCCGAGCCACCUCGCCAUCCUGUCGCAGCCGCCCAACACCGUCAACGGCUCGCUCCGCGUGACCGUCCAGGGCGAGGUGAUCGAGAAGUCGUUCGGGGAGGAUAACCUCUGCUUCCGCACGCUGCAGAGGUUCACGGCGGCGACGCUGGAGCACGGCAUGAACCCGCCCGUGUCCCCGAAGCCGGAGUGGCGUGCGCUGCUGGACGACAUGGCCACGGUGGCCACCGAGGAGUACCGGUCCAUCGUGUUCCAGGAGCCGCGCUUCGUGGAGUACUUCCGGUCGGCGACGCCGGAGACGGAGUACGGGCGGAUGAACAUCGGCAGCCGGCCGUCGAAGCGGAAGCCGGGCGGCGGCAUCGAGUCGCUGCGCGCCAUCCCGUGGAUCUUCGCGUGGACGCAGACGCGGUUCCACCUCCCCGUGUGGCUGGGCUUCGGCGCCGCGUUCCGGCACGCCAUGGACAAGCCCGGCGGCCUCGCCACGCUCCGUGAGAUGUACGACGAGUGGCCAUUCUUCCGCGUCACCAUCGACCUCCUCGAGAUGGUCUUCGCCAAGGGCGACCCCGGCAUCGCCGCGCUCUACGACAAGCUCCUCGUCCCCCAAGACCUAUGGCCCUUCGGCGAGCAGCUCAGAGCCAACUACGCCGAGACACAGAGCCUCCUCCUGAAGGUUGCUGGGCACGAAGACCUGCUGGAGAGCGACCCGUACCUGAGGCAGCGGCUGUUGCUGCGGGACUCGUACAUCACGGCGCUGAACGUGUGCCAGGCGUACACUCUGAAGAGGAUCAGGGACGGCGAGUUCAGGCCGGCGACGCGACCGCCGCUGUCCAAGGAGUUCAUCGACGAGACGGCAGAGAGCUUGAUGGAGCUCAACCCCAGCAGCGAGUACGACCCCGGGCUGGAGGACACGCUCAUCCUCACCAUGAAGGGAAUCGCCGCGGGCAUGCAGAACACGGGCUGAUAAUGGAUUUUGGGGUGGACUUUCGUGGAUUUGUGACCUUUUUUUUCCUUCUGAAUAGUAGAAGUCGAUCGGCGAAAGUGAAAAUUGUAAGAUUUGUUAGGAAGCGUUGAACCCUUUGCUCGGGUCGCAUGUGUAUUUAUAGAAGGAUUGCCGUGACUUAUAAGGUUUGGAAUAUCGCUAGGAUUCUUUCAGAGUACAUCGAGAGAUAUAUGACUUGAA